AUGGCGCCAUCGAAGAAAGGUCCGAAGCAGGAGAAGAAGGCACGCGGAACGAUGGUCGAAGUGGUCACCAGGGAGUACACCAUCAAUUUGCACAAACGAAUACACGGCGUGGGUUUCAAGAAGCGUGCGCCACGUGCCAUCAAGGAAGUGCGCAAAUUCGCGGAGCAGCAGAUGGGCACAAAGGAUGUACGCGUCGAUACACGUCUGAACAAGUUCCUGUGGUCCAGAGGCGUGAAAAAUGUGCCAUUCCGUGUUCGAGUGCGCCUCUCACGACGGCGUAACGACGAUGAAGACUCGCCACAUCGCCUAUACACACUAGUAACGCAUGUGCCCGUGACAACGUUCAAGAAGCUCACAACAGUGAAUGUGGACAGCGAAGAAUAA